AUGCCUGUCGCCAUGUUAGGAGAACGCUCGCCGGAGUUUUCAUCAAAAUAUCCCUCUCCGUGGUUAUCCGUUGAUAAGUCUUCUUUUGACGUGAUUCAGGCCAGCGAACCUUUACUGUGUGAUACAAACCAGUCAACGGUGUAUCCUAACUCUGGAGUUCUACUGAGCAGAAGCCAACUUGAGGUUGAUCGACCUAGAAGAACCAGACGAAAUCUAAUACGGCGUAUGCACUCGACGGCGGUUGAUAGCGGCUCAGGAAUAGCCCCCCGUUUUCGUCGACAAGCUACACUUUGGAAUCCAUCAACUGCAGCGGACCCUAAACGACAGGCGAUGUUUGGUGAUCACUGGAGUGCUACAGGCGAUCCUUUGGGAAGAGGCAUCAGCGCUGACAAUGUCUCAAAUAAGUUCAAUAAUCGAUCAACGCAAGUACCAUCAGUUCAGCUGAGUAUAGAUCAAUCCAGCGUUUCUAAUUCUCCAAGAUUCAACCACAGACAGCAAUACUUGGGUGAAGGCACUAGAGAUAAGCACAUGGCUGUGAACAACUUAAACAUUUCUUUAAAUCCUGGAGUAGGUCUAGCAGAUAUGAGUUAUGCUGAACAGGGAACGGAAGGCGCAAAACAAAGUACUUCAAGUUAUUUGAAAGAACAAUUUCAAGCGUUUUUUCAACCGGCGGACAAUAAACUGGGAAUGAAGUUGUUCGGGAGCAAAAAUGCGCUGCUUAAAGAAAAACGGCGUCAGGUGCAACAGGGAAAGUGGGUUAUCCACCCAUGCAGCAGUUUCAGGUUCUAUUGGGAUCUGUUGAUGCUGGUCCUGCUGAUUGCUAACUUGAUCAUACUACCGGUGGCGAUAUCAUUUUUCAGCGAUGACCUGAGUGUGCAUUGGAUUGUGUUCAACAGCAUAUCUGACGUCAUUUUUAUCGCGGACAUUGCUGUGCAGUUUCGUACGGGUGUUGUCAGGAAUGAUUAUGCUGAUGAGAUCAUCCUUGACCCAAAGGAGAUUGCUCGUCAUUACAUCAAGACGUGGUUUGUGUUGGAUUUUAUCAGCUCGAUUCCAAUGGACUAUAUCUUUCUCAUAUUCAACAACAAAGAUCACUAUAAUCAGUUCUUCAGCGCGGGUAGGACGCUCCGCAUACUACGAUUGGCGAAACUUUUGAGCAUGCUACGAUUACUGCGGCUCACUCGUUUGGUUCGUUAUGUGAGCCAAUGGGAAGAGUUUCUCAACAUCGCCAGCAAGUUUAUGGGCAUAUUCAACUUGGUUUUGUUGAUGUUACUUCUUGGACACUGGAAUGCGUGUUUGCAGUAUCUGAUUCCAAUGAUGAUGGAAUUUCCACCGGAGUCGUGGGUUAAACGAUGCAAACUGGAGGGUGCUGACUGGUUUCAGAAAUACACAUGGGCUUUAUUCAAGGCCAUGUCACAUAUGCUAUCGAUUGGUUAUGGUCGUUUCCCACCAAUCAGUAUCGGGGAUGCGUGGAUCACCAUUGUGAGCAUGAUGAGUGGAGCGACUUGCUAUGCUCUGUUUGUCGGGCAUGUCGCAGCUCUGAUCCAGUCUUUUGAUACAUCCAAGAGACUCUACAGAGAAAAAUUCAAGCAGGUGGAAGAGUACAUGGCCUACCGAAAACUUCCUCGUGCCCUCAGGCAACGCAUCGCUAAUUAUUACGAACACCGUUAUCAGGGAAAAAUGUUCGAUGAGGCACAAAUACUGAAUGAGUUUUCCGAAUGCCUUCGAGAGCAAAUAAUCAAUUACAACUGCAGAGCUCUUGUCGCUGCUGUUCCCUUUUUCACCUAUGCGGAUCAGGAUUUUGUGUCCGAGGUGGUGACAAAGUUAAAAUUCGAGGUAUUCCAACCAGGAGAUUUAAUUAUCAAGGAGGGUACACUUGGAAACAAAAUGUAUUUCAUUCAAGAAGGUAUUGUGGAUAUCAUAACCAAGGACGGCGAGGUGGCCACCAGUCUUUCAGAUGGGUCGUAUUUUGGUGUAUAUGUUUUGGUAAAUUAUACGAAAGGACACGCAAAGUUUAAUAAAUCUGUUUAUAAACUGUAUUAUCUGCAAAUAAUCAAUUACAACUGCAGAGCUCUUGUCGCUGCUGUUCCCUUUUUCACCUAUGCGGAUCAGGAUUUUGUGUCCGAGGUGGUGACAAAGUUAAAAUUCGAGGUAUUCCAACCAGGAGAUUUAAUUAUCAAGGAGGGUACACUUGGAAACAAAAUGUAUUUCAUUCAAGAAGGUAUUGUGGAUAUCAUAACCAAGGACGGCGAGGUAGCCACCAGUCUUUCAGAUGGGUCGUAUUUUGGUGAAAUUUGUCUGCUUACGAACGCUCGUCGGGUAGCCAGUGUCAAGGCCGUUGUAUACUCGAACCUAUAUUCAUUGGACCGGGAAAGUUUUCUUUCAGUGCUUGAAAACCAUCCAUUAAUGAGGAGAACCAUGGAGUCAGUUGCAGCAGAACGUUUAAACAAAAUCGGACAGAAUCCAUCGAUUGUCAGCAACCGUAAGGAUCUCCAGGAGGAUCUUAGUUUGGUAAAAGAAAUUGUAAGCUCGGCUGUGACACCUGAAGAUAGUACAACAGAAUAUGAAACGGAAAACGAAGAUGCACAGGCACAUUUAAAUUUGAAACAGUUCCUAAAAUUAGGAAAGCUCAAGCGUCCAUCACGGCGCCAUCGAGACGAAGAGGCUGAAGAUACAGGUGGGGAGCUGGAGGGUGCGCAUGACAGUCCUAUCGUAUCCUGUACGGAUACUGGCAAGCAAAAAUUGCAUAUUCCGUCAACAUUUUCUAACGUUAGUCUCGUCGGGCGUCUGUUCAAGGCACCAGCACAAAAGAACAAACUACUUGAAAAGAAGCUUAGACGAUCAGGUAGUCUAACCACAGUCGAUCUUGUAUCAUCAAUUCAGGAAAAGGACAUCAAUAAAAAACCAGAAUCUGCAAGCAACAUUACGGAAUUGGGUGACUACCCGUCUGCGGAGCCAAAACAAGCUGAUGAGGAUGCUAACGAAGACGUUGGCAUUCCGGAUGACACGCAGCCACCAGAGUAUUGAUCCUUUAUAUUUCGUGCAAAGUUGUUUACCCUUGGACCUAUUCUCAGUAUUGUUCUACCAGAAUUGUGAAUUACUCAGUGGUGCCUCGUUGUGUGCAAAUUUCUUUCAUUUGUCGAGUUUGCUAUCAAUGCAGACAAAUGUUCCUAGGUAGUCUA